AUGUCAUUAAUCACCGUAUAUCGUGGAACCCGAAGUGGGAGGGUUCAAGAAGGCACGGUUCUAUCGCCUGGUCCCCCAAAAAGGCAUCAAGUCAUAGUUCGCAUCACUCAUUCUGGUCUUUGUGGUACCGACGAGCACUACAAGUGUCAAGACAUGGUUCUUGGUCACGAGGGAGUUGGCAUAGUCGAGUCAAUCGGCAAUUCUGUAGUAACCCUAAAAGUCGGAGAUCGAGUCGGUUGGGGUUACUGUCACGGUAGCUGUCUGAACUGCGAGUAUUGCGAUCAAGGCCAAGAGCUCUACUGCGAACAGCGACAGUUUUAUGGCUUCGAUGAAUUCGAUCAGGGCUCCUUCGCGACCUAUGCAACUUGGAAUGAGCACUUCCUCUUCCGUAUCCCGGAAAGCAUCCCGUCUGCAGAAGCAGCUCCUUUGAUGUGCGCUGGAGCAGCCGUCUAUUCCGCUCUACGCAGCGCAGGAGUCCAGUGGCAUCAUCGAGUGGGUGUUCUUGGCCUCGGUGGACUAGGCCACCUUGCUGUUCAGUAUGCCGCCAAGAUGGGAUGCCAUGUCACUACUUACUCGCACUCGUCUGGCAAAGAAGAAGCAGCACGAAACCUGGGGGCCUCGGACUUCCAAGUGCUGGGAGAUACUUCCACUUCUAGUCAUGCCGUUGAUUGUCUGCUUUUGACUGGUUCUCAGCAACCAGAUUGGUCCCAAGCUCUGUCGCUGGUUCGACGGGGUGGCGUGAUAAGUGCUGUUACUGUGGAUUCAUCGGAGCUGCGAUGCUCAUAUGGGGAGGUUCUGAUGAACGCGAUGCGGAUCCAGGGAAGCCUGCCUGCCGCCCCAACGUCCAACGUGAGAUGCUCAACUUUUCAGCGCUCCAUGGAAUAAAACCGAUCAUCGAGACCUUUCCAUUUACCGAGUAUGGCAUUAAUGAAGCGAUGGAGAAGCUUCGUCAGGGUAGGAUGCGAUAUAGGGGCGUCCUAGCUAUG